AGAUUUUUAUUCUGGUCAACUAAGAAUAAAGGGGUCAGGUCAACUCUGUUGCCACCUCGAUCUUUCGUUCCCAAAUCAAACCCUAGGUUUAUAUAAUGUAAAACCACCAGCUACCCUUCGCAAAUUUUCCUUUUAUGUUUCUGUAGAUCUCCUUCUCCACCAAACAGCUGCUUCGAGGUGUCAUCCUGCUUGUUGAAAUAGAAGCUUAGAUGGUUAUGGAAUCGAGAGAUGACGAAUAUUUGGAUUACUUAAAUGGUUUCUCUUUGGAGGACGAGAGCAUCUCGCCUCUCUUUGGUCCGGCUCCUGGUCUUACCAACGGAUACAGAUUCAGAAACGAACGUUUAGAUUUCAGUUUCUUAGAAAUGCCUAAAUCAGCACCAAAUCCCUGCACUUCAGAUCUAUCUCCAUGUGUUCCUUCAGCAUCUGACUAUCCCGAUGGGUUUGGUGACUGUGUCAUCAAGUUCAUAAACCAGAUGCUUGUGGAUGAGGACAUGGAGUCCAAACAAAGCAUGUUCCAUGAUCCGUUAGCUUUACUAGAAACCGAGAGAUCGUUCUACGAAGCCCUAGGUGAGCAAUACCCUCAUCCACAUGAAGAGAACUUUUUCAGUAGUAGUAUAAGUGAGUACAGUACAAACAGUAGCACAACUGGUAGCAACACCAAUGAUUCUCACUGGUCCGGUGGUGAUUCGCUCGAGACCAAAUCAUCAGCUGUACAAACUCCUUCUCUUGAAUACCCUUUGCUGUCUUCUUUCAGCUCUACCACCAGUGUUACUAACGAUGGCGCGUUUGACUCGUUGACGAGUGCACAGCUCGUCGAAAAUAUAUUCAGUGAUAGUGAGUCUGUGUUGCAAUUCAAUAAAGGGAUGGAGGAAGCUAGUAAAUUCAUUCCUUCGAUUAAACCGCUGGUAAUCGAUUUGGAUCAAUACAACUUGCCUUCACGUUCACGAGAUAACACGUCUUCGGAGGUUACGGUUAUCAAGGAAGAGAUUGUGGAGACCGAUAAUAACUCAUACAGGGGAAGAAAACAUUACCAAAUUGAGGAUAACGGUUACGAGGAAGAAAGAAGUAGCAAGCAAUCUGCGAUUUAUGUCGAAGAAGUUGUAUCUGAAAUGUUUGAUAGAGUUGCUCUCUGUACCGAUCCCGGUGGUCCGUCAAUGUCUGCUUGUGAAGAACCACCUAAAUCCGUAACGAAGAAAUUUCAGAAAGGUCAAUCGUACGGGAAUAGCAGCGGUUGGAUUACGCGUUCAUGGGGAGGAAGUUCAGGCGAGCUUAUGGAUGUCAGGACUCUGUUGGUCAACUGUGCACAGUCGGUUGCUGCUAAUGACCGUUUGACUGCGAUAGACCAGUUGAAACAAAUAAGACAACAUGCUUCUCCUGUAGGUGAUGCUCCACAACGCUUAGCUCAUAUCUUUGCUACUGGGCUCGAGGCCCGCUUAGCUGGCACUGGUUCUCAGCUUUACGCUACCAAAAGUGCCAUGACGAUCUCAGCUGCUGAAAAGUUAAAAGCAUAUCAAGUUUGUCUUUCUGUCUGCCCGUUCGAGAAAAUCGCCAUUUUUUUUGCUAAUAAAUUGCUAUACGAUGUAGCUUUUACGUCAUCCACCCUUCAUAUUAUCGAUUUUGGUAUUGCGUACGGUUUCCAGUGGCCGGUUCUUAUUAAACAUCUUUCACAGAGGCCCGGUGGGCCACCUAAGCUACGGAUUACCGGAAUCGAGCUCCCGAAACCUGGUUUUAGGCCAGCUGAAGGGGUACAGGAAACCGGGCGGCGUUUGGCUGAUUUUUGCGCGAAAUAUAACGUCCCGUUUGAGUAUAACGCGAUAGCAACUCAUCACUGGGAGUCUAUUAAAGUUGAAGAGUUAAAGCUUCAGAGAAACGAGUGCCUUGCUGUUAACACUGUAAUUCGAUUCAAGAACUUGCUUGACGAAUCAGUUACGGUUGAUAGCCCGCGUGACGGUGUUUUGAAACUGAUAAGAGAUAUGAAACCCGACAUUUUUGUUCAAACUGUAGCAAAUGGAUCUUACAACUCGCCGUUUUUCGUCCCACGUUUCAAGGAAGCUCUUUUUCAUUUUUCUUCUAUGUUUGAUAUGUUCGAUGCUACAUUAGACCGUAAUGAUGAACAACGGCUGAAUUUCGAAAAGGAGUUUUUUGGGCGUGAAGCUAUAAACGUGAUUGCAUGUGAAGGUGCCGAGCUGGUUGAGCGGCCUGAGACGUACAAGCAGUGGCAAGAACGACUCUCACGGGCUGGGUUCAAGAUCAAACCGCUGAACCAUGAAAUUGUGUCGAAACUGAGGGCUAGUAUGAAAUCAGGGUAUCAUAGAGAUUUUGUGUUUGAUGAAGACGGUGAAUGGGUGUUACAGGGGUGGAAAGGUCGGAUUUUGAUGGCUAGUUCGUGUUGGGUGCCUGCAUAGGAAGCCUUGUUUGAUCUGAUAUGUUAUGGUAUAUGCUAAUGUACUAGGAUUGUUGUAGAAACGUAAUCAACUGUAACUGAAGUUUUGUCUGUAAGUUAUCUCGGUUUGUAGUUUGUUUUAGACUUUUAGAUAGGGGUGUGCAUGGUUCGGUUAUUAGCAUUAACUGAAACCAUUACCGAAGUUAUCAAUUAAUCGGUUAAUUUAUGGGUUUUUGGUUCCGUUAAUAACCAAACCAAACAAGGGCCAAGUUUUUUACUUA